AGUACAUGUGUGUCUGCUGUUGAAGGAGAUGCUGCUGGCUGUGAUGGCUCUUUUGCGUUAGUAUCCGCGCGGACGAGAGAGUUGGAGGCAGUUGUUUUGUGGGACUCGCGGGGAAUGGCAAACUCCACGGUAUCCUUGGAAACAUCCAACUAAAUGACAAUGGCCGAGGCUAUCUGCUGCACUUUGGUGAACUGUAACUGUGACAGCUUCAAGCCCGGGAAGCUGAAGAGGAGGCAGUGUGAAAACUGCAAGCAUGGCUGGGUAGCACAUGCCCUGAGUAAACUGAAGGUCCACCACAUGUACCAGAGCAGCCAGGUGGAGAUUGUGCACUCCAACGUGGUGUUCGAUAUCUGCAGCCUAAUGCUGUAUGGUACCCAGGCCAUCCCCAUCCGCCUCAAGAUCCUCCUGGACCGCCUUUUCUCUGUACUCAAGCAGGAGGAGGUCAAACAGAUCCUCAACGCACUUGACUGGACACUGCAGGACUACAUACGUGGAUAUGUGCUCCAGGAUGUAGCCGGGAAGGUGCUGGACCGGUGGGCCAUUAUGACGUUUGAGGAGGAGAUCGCUACACUGCAGCAGUUCUUGCGCUUUGGCGAGACCAAGUCCAUAGUGGAGCUCAUGGCUCUGCAGGACAAGGAGGGCCAGGCAGUGUUGGUUCCCAGCACCCGCACCAACUCUGAUAUCCGCACUUUCAUUGAGCGCAACACCCCACGCACUGCUGCUAACCUCUCUACAUCCAAAGUCGAUAAGCUGAGUAGCAGUAGCAUGCACCACUUUGAAAACUUUGUCAACAGCAUGGCCUUCAUGCUACCCUUCCAGCUGUUAGGCUCUGUUCCUGCACCAUUUCUGGGCUCACCGGCAGGAGCACCGCAGCACCAGCAACACCAGCAGCCGUGCCGUGGGUCAAUGGAGCAGCAGAGUCAGAGACGAGAUGAUCAAAGUCGUGAUGAUCUAGGGAGAGACAACUGCCUUCGUCUUUCACACACUCCUGAGAGCAGCCUGCUAGGUUCCAGCUCUGUCAUAUUCACUCCUGAUCUAGACCGAAGCGGAGACAGGCCAAUGGACAGCCUCUGCACCACCACAAAGAUUGAGGCAGAGGACUUCUCCACCAGUGACAAUGACUCGGAUGGACCCUCGACUCCGUGCACACCCUCCAUGAGCUCGGACAUAACACAGAUGUCCCCUGAGAGCAAGCUGCGCUCCCUGGACAGGAAUGGGAGCGGGGGUGGUGGGGUCUCAGCAGGUAGUGGGGGAGGAUGCUCUCUGAAGAAAGGUCGAGUGUAUUGCAACGCUUGUGAGAAGACAUUUUACGACAAAGGCACAUUGAAAAUACACUACAAUGCAGUGCAUCUGAAGAUUAAGCACAAGUGUACCAUCGAUGGCUGCAACAUGGUUUUCAGCUCGCUGCGUAGUCGCAAUCGCCAUAGUGCCAACCCAAACCCACGGCUACACAUGCCUAUGAACCGUAACAACCGGGACAAAGACAUCCGGGGCAGCUCGUCUGGUGAUGAGGGCUCUUUAGGGGAGAAGAGGUCUGAAUAUGGAACCCCCAUCCCCAUCUGCUCUGCAGAGAACCAUAAAUUAAUUCCCAGCUACAUGGUGAGCCAUGUGGACACUAAACUCCACAACAGCUCGUUCUCCAGCAUGGGCCAGAGUGGCAUCCUCUUCCCCAACCUAAAAACAGUACAACCAGUCUUGCCUUUCUACCGCAGCCUGGUAACACCGGCAGAGCUUGCCAACACCCCAGGAACACUACCCUCCCUUCCUCUGUUAUCCUCCUCUGUACCCAUCAAACCAAUCAUGGCCCCUGAACUCUACAUGACAGACCCCAUACCAAAGAAAAAGUCUCGAAAGUCAAGCAUGCCAAUAAAGAUAGAGAAGGAGGUGGUGGAGCGAGAUGAGCAGAUGGAUAAGGGAAGCAGCUCUGAGGACGAGGCUCCUUUUCAGGGCAGGAACAAGGAAGAGUGUGAUGGAAUCCGAACAGAAGAGCAAAUGUGUGCAAGACAAGCUGGGGAAGAGAGGGAGGCAAGAGGAGAUUACAUUGGCGAAGAGAGGGCCAAGCAUCUGGUGGACCAAACUUUAGAUAGAGAAAUGACAGCGAGAGAGGACAAAGAUGAUGAGCCAAGGCCAGCUGAAACGGGGGUCAUCACAUCUGCAUCUUCCCCGUUCGGAGACAGACUGAUGGAGAAUCACUGUGACAACAACUUACUCUGUCAGGAACCCAAUGGCAAUAAAGAAAGGGAGGACAGGGAGCAUUCAAACUCCCAUCAUGCAGCUGACAAGAUUGCAGAGCUCAGAUGGGAUGGCGUCGAGCACAAGCUGACUAAUGGGGGCGCUCUCCAACUCACGAACUGUGAGAGAGAGGGAUCACUCGGUGGUGUAGAUGACUACGGUGACUUAGGCUUGUCUCACCUCGACCCAAAUGCUGACCAGCCACACCACUGUGAGAUCUGCAGUAAGACCUUUAAGAACCCCUACAGUGUCAAAAUGCACUACCAAAAUGUCCACCUGAAGGAGAUGCACAUGUGCACAGUGGACGGCUGCAAUGCCGCCUUCCCCUCCCGCAGGAGCCGAGACAGACACAGUGCUAAUUUGAACCUGCACCACAAGCUGCUGACCAAAGACUCAUUCAGCCCAGCCAACACCCUAUACUUGCCCUCAUCCCACUGUAGAGACAGAGACCCGGUUGCCCUGGACUACUACCAAGACCAGCGGGACAGAGAUCUGCCCCAUCGGGACCCAACCAGCCAGACUUCUGUCAUCUUCCGAGGACACAAUCGCAUGGGCCUGGUCUUCCCAAUGAGCAAAGUGUCUACUGCACCAAACAGUGCUGAGGCAUCUCCUUUUGCAGACAUGGAGGGAUUAAGAGCAGGAGGAGCAGGAGGAGGAGGAAGUGGUGUAAGUGGGGAGGAUGGUGCCGUUCUGGACCUGAGCACCUCCUCCUCUGCCCCACCUCGUGGCAGUGGCAGUGUUCGAUCGUCCUGGGACUCAGAUGGUGCCGGUAGUGAGGAAGGGGUUGAAGAGGAUGAGGAGGUGCUCCGCAUGGAGGACAGUGAUGAAAGCUGCGAUGGGAUCGACAUGGGGAGGCCUGGGGGUGAGGAGUUGGUACUCGCGGGAGAGAGAACCCAGGGCUGCAUUGGGGGAGGACAAGGCGGGCUUCAGGGAGGUGGGGGUGGGUCUCCGAUAACCUGCCAUGUCUGCCAAAAAGUCUACAGCAACAAGGGCACAUUCAGAGCCCAUUACAAAACUGUCCAUCUGCGACUACUUCACAAGUGUAAAGUCCCUGGCUGCGAUACAUCCUUCUCUUCUGUGCGAAGCAGAAACAGGCACAGCCAAAACCCAAACCUUCAUAGAAACCUAGCGGUUAGCUCAGGUUCCACGAUGGACCAGGAGUAGGGAUGUGCACUAAUUUGCCAACAUGACUGAUUUCCUUGGUUCUAAUUGUCUUUUUGUUGUUGAUGUAUUUGGGCACCUAAAGAAGGCUCACCAAUUAGCACUUUUUAAAUUCCAUACCAUGGAUAUCCUGUUGUGAUAUUUUGGGGAAAAGGAGAUAAAGAAAUAAAGUACAAUUAGGAGUUAAUUUGCUGCGGCAAAUGCAACUUGCUUUUUCAACCAAUGUUUUUUUUUUUGCAAGGCUAAAAUUAUGUUUGUGUUUCCACAUCAACAUAUAAUGAAUAAACGGAACAUAGACUUCAGUCAGUAAAUUCAUUAUCAAUGGUAAGAAAUGUGACCUUUAUGAAUCUCAUGAUUCAUUUGCAUUGGUUUGCCUUACAGCCCACUUUAGAACUUAAAAAGAUAUGUUUGUAUGACCUGAAUUUGUCCUUGUGUUGUCCAAGUGAGAGUUGAGCCAUGAAACUGUAUCAUAAGAGUUUGUUUUCUCUCGUGUUUUUGUUGUCAGAUGUUCACAUCUUCCCUGUGAAGCUGUGCAUAAUGUAUUGAUCACAAGCAGAAGUGAAGUAACCUCUACAUGUGUCCUUUCGUUCAUUUGGACAAUGUUUUUUGAAAAAUUGUCUUUGUUGAAAAGUUAUAGUGUUGUGUGCUUGACCAAUAACUUAUUGUAUGGUGUUAUAUAUGAUCUGUCUUUACUGUUCUGGUUGUUGCAUACUGCUAAUGUUGACCAAAGAUUUUUUCAGUCCACAGGUGUGUAUAAAAACCCCUUCAAAAUGUGAGGGGUAUGCAGUAUUAAAUGGGGCCAUCCAGUCUUCGCUCAACUUCUUUGUGAUUAACAGCAGUAUUCAGGGGGAGGCUCUGUUGUAAAAUAAAAUAAAAUUCACCAAAAUAAGACAACAAAAAGAACCGCUUUUGAUUCAUCACGGUAUAAUGAAAUAUCUUGAUUUUGAUGGUGUUUUUGUAAAGAAAGCUGAUCAUGAGACUUGAUUAUGGCAUUGCUCUUGUAUUGUUUGUGCGGUUGAUUGACUGAUUGGACAAUAAGCAGAAAGAUCUGCUGUGUCUGGAGGCUAGAAGCAUGUACUGUGAAUAAGUCAAACACUGAGAAAUACAAAUUAUAAGACAAAAAUUAUAAUAAUGGCCCCACAUCUGAGCACACCCAAAAAAAACUGGUAAACAAAAUGUUUAUUGACCUGUAUAUUCUGUGAAUAGAGUAAUUUGUUAUCUGAGAGAAACCAAAAAAUAUACUGUAUAAAAAAAGGCUAAUUUCACCUCUAACAUUACUUGUUUUUCUUUUCUUUUUAUUUUAUUUUUAAUGGAUGAAAAACAGUGGACCUCAUGCAAUAGCCACUCGUCUGAACAGACUGGUACUAGGGAUUUAAGAGAACUUGUCACAUUUAGCAAUUAUCUGCAUUUGGAAAUUAAAUUUGUCUUUAACACAAAUUUUAAAUAACCUGCGGGAGUGCCAUGUGCAAUUACUAUGCUCUUAACCGAGCAUCAAUCCAAGUUUUUCACAAUUGCCGGUUACUUCAUUAAUUUGAAAGCAUUUUUUGGGGGGGGGGGAAUCCUCUAAAAAUUCAACUGCAUGUUUAUCUUGACCUUUUCCUGUUUCCUGCACUUCAAAUUAUAGGCUAAUAUAAUUCUAACAUCACCAGUCAUUUAAAUUGUCUGUUGAUGCUAUCCAAUACAAAACGACGUACAACGUAUUUAAACCCCUCCAGUUGCAGUCAUGGAUCACCUUGGUGUGACGAAACGCUUUUCACAUGGAACAAUGUAUUCUUCAUGUCAUUGACCCUCAGGUGACAAGGCACGAACAUGACUUGUUAUUUUUCUCCAUUCCUUGGCUCCAGCAAGACCCUUAAUUGUGCUACCGAUGCUGAUUAAUUAUGCUGAUAAAGAAUUAUGGACUUUCCUUUAUGGAUCUCUAAAAGCAGGACUUCAAUUUAUGACAUAUAGUAUUAUUGAGCCAUUAAUUAUGCUGAUUUGCAAAUUCCAUUAAUGCAGUCUCAUUUAUGCACAGGUAGCAUAACCAUGUUUGUGCUGGUUAUAUAUACAUUGAAACAUUAUUGGAAAAUAGGAGCGUUUGCUGAAUCUGAUACUAGUAUGAAAAAAGUAAGAGAAAGUUAAGGUAUGAAUACAAAAAUGUUCUUGCAUGAGGUCUGUUAUGUUGUACAUGUCUAAUUAUUUCACCAUGCUGUAUUGUUCUAUUUUUGCUCUGCAUUCUGCAUAUUUAAAUGUAUUUAAAUGCAAUGCAGCAGAUUUAAAAUCCCAUUUGUUGUUGUUUGGAUUUGUAAAAAAAAGAAGAAAGCCGACAUAUGUUGAUAGGUGUUCAUAUUUCCUUUGAUUUAAUAUAACAAUAUUCAUUCCAAUUAAAUAAAAAGCCAUAUGUUUGCA